CAGCGCAGCAGCAGCAGCAGCGGCAGCCGCGCGCCGACGUCGUCGUCGUUUUCGCACUCGCACGUCGCUGAUCGCGUAUUUUAUUCGCGUUGCGCUAGAUAGUAGUCGUACACACUACGGCGACGAAAACGUCGUACGUGCAUACACAAUACCAUAACUAGGCUGCGCUUCGCCAAAGUUCUCCAGUGUCUAUUUACACGUUAUACGCGCGAUACAUUGAAGGGGCCUCUCUCUCUCUCUCUCUCUCGAUAUAAUUGUACGCCGAGGAAAGUCCGAUAGUGUAUUCGGCGCAGUGCGGAUUCACGAGCAUAAUUUACUACACGUAUAUAUACCUACGACGUAAUUAGUGUGCAAUUCAGUGUGCAAAAUUUUUCGCUAAUUCUAAUACAAAGCUCGUAUAUAAAACAGGCUGAAUACGCGUGUGCCUCUUGGUUCGUUUUGCUUCAGUGUUUGCGGGCACAUCGUCAUUAUCGUCAUCGCACACACUGUAGAGGAGAGAGAUAAUCGAGCGUAAGUAGUUUUACGCAGAGAGGAGUCAGGCGCGGAGUGCUGCUUGGCGAGGAGGAGCGAAUCCCAACCACGGAUUUAUCGAGCAGUAGUGGAGCUACCCGUGGACAAAUAAGCCGAGCCAUGUUCUCGGGUCUGACAAGUCAGGUAUCGAGCUGGAUGGGCAAGAAGGAGGACGGCAGCGAGGAUCCAGCCUCGGCGGCUGCUGAUCCGAACUUGGCCGGAGGAGCGGGUGACGGCACCGAGGCGACCGAUCCACUUGCCGCUGGAAGCCCGACGAAGGGCAGCAGCAAACUGGAGAUGCUGGCGGGCGUCAAGAGCCAGGUGGCCUCGUCGAUGAGCGGCUGGCUCAGCGGCGGCAUACCCGGCCUGAACCGAGCUGGAGCCGCGACCGAGGCCGGGGACACGGCCACGGCGACGGACGCCGACGCGACACAGGCCACGACACAGGCGCAGGCAACAGCAUCCAACGAAAAUGUAAAAGACGAUGAUGCUAGCAGGUGGGUUGCAGGUGCGACCGGAGGGGCUGACAGCGUGGGUCCGGGCAGCUUGACCGGCACACCGACCGAGGACAAGGAUGGACAGCAACCGUUUGGCGCGGUUUCGACCAAGGCGCUGGCAGGAGCCAAGAGUCUGGGUGGCUUCCUUUACAGUGCCGUUAAUAAGGCCGGCAAGUCCGUCGCCGAGGCAGGCGCUAAAAUCAAGAAGACCGUCGAGGAAAACAGACUGAUAGCUGAUCUAAACAAGGAGCAAGAAGCAUUUAUCGCUAGUAAAGGCGGCGAGAAGGGCGAAGCUCAAGCUCCAUGGGUAGGCAGUCCAAACGAGGAAGCCUUGAAAGAAGAAAUUCUUGCUCUAUCGACUGAUCGGCGUAACUUUGUGAGAGCACCACCACCAGGAGUCGAUUUCCCCUGGGACUUCGAAGCCGUCGAGCCAGUGGCCCAAGCAACACUUGCCUUAGAUCCCAAUCUUGAAACAAUGAGGUUCGAGCUGGUGCCCAAAGUAAUAUCGGAGGAGAACUUCUGGCGAAAUUACUUCUACCGAGUCUCUCUGCUGCGCCAGAGCCACGAGAUUAACGCCAUGGCGAGUCAACAGUCGACGGAGAGCAAUCCCACGCUCGCAUCGAACGACAGCGUCGACAACGCCCAAGUUAGAGCCAGUGGAAGCGAGGUUUUGUCGAAAGAAACCAAUAGCACGAACGGUAACGAUGUCCGAGAUGCAACGACGGCCCAACAGGAAAUCACAGAUAGCGUGAAGAAACUCGACAUUCAGUCCAAUAAAGAAGAGGACUGGGAGCGCGAACUCGAGGCUGAAUUGAAAGACUACGAGGUUGUACCGGGUCAAGAAGCUGCUAAAUCAGACUGGGACGACGGUCAAAUUGAUGAUAUGCUCAAGGACGAGGAAGAUCUUAAGUGAAGCACAUUUUACUUUCACAUUUUAAAUUUCAAUUCCAAUAGUUUUUUGCAUACAAUUUAAAUUUUCAUUCGAGAGGGUGGUUGUACAGCCGGUGGCUUUCAUUCCUAUUGUAAAUAUAAAUGUUACACGAUAUAUAUAUUUAAAUAAAUAUAUAUGCAUACAAAAAUAUUUAUUGUAUACAGUCGCUUUUUGAUGUUGUUUGGUCGUAUAUUACGAAUAAAAAAAUUAAUUAUAUCUGAGUGUAAGUGUGUGCCUAACUAAUUUAUGAUUUAUAAAUAAUAAUACAGCUGUAAUAUCUUAUGAAAUAUUAUUUACGCUGUAUAUUUUAUUUUUAAAGCUUUUAUUGCACCAGUUAUAUCAUAAGAUAAAAUUUAAAUUAUGUUUAGGACACGAUACAGCACAUUGUUAUCGUGUUCAUUAUAAAAGCUUUUAUUAAUAGAUGAAUGAUGAAAAAAUUUAUAUGUGGUGCUCCAGGUAAUAUUGUAUAAAAAAUAUACAUCAUAUCCUUUGUUCUUUCGGUUACAAUGUUAAUUAUUGAAAGCGAAAAUGGAAAUGUCGAUUGUCGCGAGCGAAAAUGAAACUUGCACUCGAUUAUCAAGCUCAGUCAUUUUAGCAUUUAAAAAUACGUGUAUAUAGGAACUUUGCUCGGGUUCGGAAAGAAAAGGCAAAAAAAUUAUGAGUCGCAUGCAUUUGUACGCAAAUAUUGUAUCACAUUGAUGAUGAAGACACUCAAUCGCACAAGUUUAAAUGGGCCUUUUUCACAAAAAAUAAAAGUGAAAAUUCAGGAUAUAGUUGCAAGUAUGAAAAAUUAAAAAUCGUUUUGUGCUUCUCCGUGAAACAAAAUAAUAAUAAUUAAGUAUGAAAAACAUAAAUGAUCCGUGAGUUUUCUAUUUCCUAAAAGCUAUAUUUAUGCUUUUCAAGUGUUUAGUAAUCACUACUGGCAUAUACUUGAGAGGCCCCCAGUGCAGAGCAUUUGAUGAACAAAAAAAUUAUAAAAUCAGAAAAAAGCUUAUUUAUAUAUGGAAGCCAUUAAUCUUUUCGUGCCGUGAGUAAUUGAUAAUUAACAAUAAAAAUCAUCUGGCGUCACAUCUUCUCCAUACUAAUGAAAAAGUUAGAAACAAGCUUAAAUAAUAUUUAUUUUUCUUGAACAUUAGGUUUCAUAAUAUAUAUAUAUAUAAAAUAUUACAUGUACAAGAAUGAGUCGAUUCCCGUUCUAUUUUCGUUUUCAUUUGAUUAAAAAAAACAUAUAUAUUUAUCAUGGAAUCAAAAGUUACUUUUAUGUCUCGAAGUUUCCCACUAUCGAUAAUUGAAAUGAACACAUGAAGUAAAUUUUCUUUAAAUCGAUGCAUUUGCAGAAGCACCAUUAAAACAAAACGGCGUUAUUUGAGUACGUUGGUAAGCAUUUGUAAAUUACAUUGUUGUUAUAGAAUCCGUAAUGUAAUCAUGAAGAAAAAAAACGAAAUGUCAUAGCGAAUAAGGGAUACGCAAAUUAAUUACACAUUUAAAUUACUUCGAGAUUUAAGAAGGUUCUUUGUAAGAAAUUUAUAUUCGAUUAAAUCAUAAUAAAUAUAUGAAAUACACUAUUAUAUAUUAUGUGUGUAACUGUGUAAAGCAAUGAGGCGGUAAUAAUUUAAUGAGGAUAUACACAUGAAAAUGGAGUAUGCCUUGGCAAGAAAUCUCAUAGAAAUACGUAGAUUCUCCGCGUAUAUUUGUUAGAAUUCAAAAUAAAAGUGAUAGAUUAAUUAUUUCGCAUUGCAAAACAAUGCACGAAGACGUAUUACAUAGUAUCUAUAGUUUUUUUUCUAACUUGACAAUUUUUUCCUUCAACUCAGUUUUCCUCUGUAGCAGAUUUAUGGAAAAAAAAAGAAAUGAAUAUUGAUUAAUAAAUCAUGAAGCAGCAGUUAUAGUUUGAAUUAUCAUUACGAAUACAUUUUUAAUCGAAAUUAUGAAUAAUGAAAGAAUGUGUACGUACGAUGUAUUAAUAAGUAAGCAGCAUAAUUGCGCUUGCAUUAAAACGAUCGAUUUUAAUGGUCAAAUGAAUUUUAAACUAUAAUUUUCAUGCCAGUGGAGCCAUGUGUUAUUUGGCCUAAUUUUCUUAGAAGCGCGCAAAUUAUUCAGCCAUACACGUACGUGAAACAUUGGUUCAUGAAUCAAGUCGAUCGUACAGCGGCAUUUUACCCUAUAGCAGGCGAUAAAAAAGUUAUACUUAUAAUACGCAUAAAUUAAUGGACAUUAAAAAGUCUCUUGAAAGCUACAUACAUGAUAAUAAUAAAAAAAAAAAAAA